GCAUUUGAAAAAGUACUGCAUUGAGGCAGCUGCUUACAGCUCCUCAACAGAUCUCUUCUGUGGCAGACAGUGAGCGAGUGAGUAGUGAGCGAGCUCGUGCGCGCCAGCGACUGACACGCGCGGAGAGGGAGAACCAGCGUCCAGCGUCCGUUCAACUCACUUCGAGCACUGGCCGCUGUCCAUCAGGACCUGCUGAAAAUGAUUCGGACCGUCCUCUGUUUCCUCGGAUUGCUCGUCGGUGGCAGCCAAGGUGUCCUCCAGGUGUCAAUCUCGCUAAAAAAGGUGGAGCUGAGUGUUGGAGAGUCCAAGUUCUUCACAUGCACAGUGAUUGGGGAGCCUGUGAAUCUGGACUGGUAUAACCCGCAGGGGGAGCGGAUGGUCCCGUCUCAGCGGGUGGCCCUGCACAAUGAAGGUAUCCGUUCCAGACUCACGCUCUACAAUGCCAAAAUAGAAGAUGCUGGCAUCUACCGGUGCCAGGCCAGCGACGCACAGGGACAUACAGAGGAGGCCACUGUGGUGCUAGAGAUCUACCAGAAACUGACAUUCAGAGACGUGAGGUCUCCUCAGGAGUUUCGACAGGGCGAUGUGGCUGAAGUGGUCUGUGAUGUCACCAGCUCCCCCGUGCCUGUGGUCUCCUGGUUUUACAACAAUGUGGAGAUCAUUGAAGAUACUGAGAAGUUUCAACUCUUACAAAACAACAAUCUGCAAGUCCAGAGAGUAACUAAAGCAGAUGAAGGAGUGUAUCGCUGUGAGGCCAGAGUCGAGGCCAGGGGAGAGAUCGACUUCCGGGACAUCAUCCUGGUCAUUAACGUUCCGCCAGUCAUCUCUGUGCCGCAGCAGUCCUUCAAUGCCACUGCGGACUAUGGAGAAUCUGUGACCUUCACCUGCCGGGCCUACGGCUCACCUGAACCCGAUGUUACGUGGCACAGGAAGGGAGUGCAGCUCCAGGAAUCGGAGCGGUAUGUAAUGAGAGCUCGAGGUACAACGCUCACAGUUCGAAACAUUCAGCAGGACGACGGGGGCUCCUACACCUGCAAGGCCUCUAACAAGGCGGGAGAAGUUGAGCAUGAGCUGUUUCUCAAGGUUUUUGUCCAGCCCCAUAUUACUAAGCUAAGGAACGUGACGGCUGUUGAAGGCAGCGCUGCUAUGAUCUCCUGCAAGGCUGAGGGUGAACCUUUGCCCGAAAUCUCCUGGAGGAGAGCAAGUGAUGGGCACAGCUUUUCAGAUGGAGAUAAGAGUCCAGACGGCCGUGUGGAGGUGCGGGGCCGUUAUGGCGAAUCCAUGCUGACUAUUGUUGGAGUCAGGCUAUCUGACUGGGGACGUUUUGACUGUGAGGCUCUCAGCAGAAUCGGUGGACAUCAGAAAAGCAUGUUCCUGGAUAUUGAGUAUGCACCAAAGUUCCAGACCAACCACACUAUAUUUUUCUCGUGGGAAGGCAACCCGGUCAACAUUAGCUGUGAUGUUAUGUCUAACCCUCCGGCCACAAUGCUGUGGAGACGGGAAAAGUUGACCAUUCCCAGUGAGGGUGCUGGAAACAUGCGAGUGCACAGUGCCCCCGGCAAAUCUCUCCUAGAGGUUACCCCGAUGUCAGACAGAGAUUUUGGCCGUUACAACUGCACAGCCAGAAACAACAUUGGGAUGCGCUUCCAGGAGUUCAUCCUAGCUCAAGCAGAUGUUCCCUCAAACCCUUACUCUGUUCGGCUGAGCUCGGUGGCACAGCGCGUGGCCACAGUUACCUUCACAAAGCCAGACUCCCAUGGCGGUGUACCCAUCAGUUACUACCUGGUCAAAUACAAAGACAUCAGCUCACAGGACUGGAAGGAUGUGAAAUCACAGGGGACACAGACAAUCGUGUUGCUCACUAACCUUGAGCCCAACACGACCUAUGAGGUGAGAGUAGCGGCGGUGAAUGGAAAAGGUCAAGGGGAGUUCAGCCGCACAGAGAGCUUUCAAACUCUGCCCAUACGAGAGCCAAGUCCCCCUUCGGUUCAGGGUCAACGAGGGGUGGGGAAGGCGUACCGACUGGGUCUGGUCAAGCAGGACGAUGGAGGAAUGCCCAUCUUGGAAUACAUUGUCAAAUACAAAACAGUGGUUGCUAACAAGUGGCUAAAUGGGACUACAGAGGUUGACGGGGACAUUAAACGUCAUCACGCCGAACAGGACAAGGAAGAGCAGUGGAUGACAAAACUGGUUCCAGGUGUGAAUGAUUUUGUGCUGCUGCAACCGCUCCAGUGGAAUACGCAGUAUGAGGUGGAAAUCACCGCCCGCAACGUCAAAGGCCUGUCUGAACCCACCUUUGUGAAGUUCUCCAUGCCUCAGAAACCUGAUAUCACAGCAGAUUCGCUGUUCAGCGGCCUAGGCCUGGGCGCAGUGGUUGGGCUGGGGUUAGCUGGCCUGCUGCUGCUGCUCGUGCUAGUGGACGUCAGCUGCUUCUUCCUGCGCCAGUGCGGCCUGCUCAUGUGCAUCACCCGCAAGCUCUGCAGCAAAAAGACAGCCACAGGCGGCAAGAGCAAAGAGCUAGAGGAGGGCAAAGCUGCCUACCUGAAAUUGCCACUGAAAGAGGAAAACGGCAAGGAGACUCUAAAACCCGACACGAUCGAGAUCAAAGUUCAUGGUGACAACAGCCUACACAUGACACAGGAGGACAGUAAAGCAUAAUGGAGGCCCUGCUAUCCUCUAAAAAAACAUGCAAAGUGAGCCACCCAGAGACCAAUAGCAAGCAAACUAAUGAGAAUACAAGCAAGAACACGCCAACCAAUUGUAAGAUCGUUUGUUAGAGACUCCUCGCCGGGGUAUCAGAAGAGGCCACGCGAUAACUGCUUUGUGAAACAUUUUUCGGAGGUUGCCGCUCAACAGACAGGCUCCUGUUUAUUUGUGCUUGUUCUCGCUUGUUUUGGGUUUUGUUUUUCAAGGCUUUGCUGUUGCUUUGAGUCUGAUUCUUUGUUACUUGAAGAGGUUGGGUCUACACCGUAAGCUUCACAUUUUCUCUUGCUCUCUCAUUACCCCUUUCUUUGGAAUCCGGCUGUUGCACUUUUCCAGUGUGGUUACGCAAAAACAUUGCUUCUUAAUGCGUCACUCGAAAUUUCCCCCACCUAUUUUUGUGGUUCAUGUUGUAGUUUUGGGUAACUGUUUGGGUAAUGUGUUUACUUUCUAGCCUUUUUGCUACUAUAUGUCUCACCCAAAUGCGAAGAAAUUACUGAAUGCUCAGUAGCAAAGCGAGGAUCAACCACACUUGACCCCAAACUGAGAACAUGGUACAUGGGUGGUCCCGGUAUUGUGCUCUGACACAGGCCCAACUCAGCCUGAACAAUGAAUUUCUCAUAGAUUACAAGUGUUUUUGUGGAUGAAAAUAUGUCUUUGUUUUCAUCACUUUUGUUUCAUCAGAAUCAGAGAAGCAUCAUAUGUGUCAUACUUUGUUGAGCUAUAAUGGAAAAAAAAAAAGUGCAUUUCCUUUAGAAGCGUGUGAAAGUUUGUACAUGUGUGUGUCUGAGUAUGGACGUGUUGUUGUGAGGGUGUGUGAUAGCGAGCACGGAGUGUAGAAUGAUAAAGAGUGACAAAGAAAGUAGAGGUUGCCAAAUCAUAAAUGAAAAUAAGGAUUAGGAAAGUAUGAAAAAUAUAUAUUCAAGUGUGCUGCUGUAAAUACUUGUUAUUUCUUUGGAGCAUUUCACAACAGAAAAAAAUAUGAUUCAUUCCAGGUUCUGUCUUAGCAUCACACAUAACUGAUGACAAAUUAUGUUCAUCAAAAUUGGCAAUCAAUGUAAAGAUUCUCUGUGUAACUGAUGAAGUUAUCAAGAGCUAAAGAAAGGCCGGUGGCCAAGAAGGUGGGUUCAGAUGCAUCACAGAGGUUUUAGCUAUGUGAUUAGCUGUUUUGGUAAUCAAAUCCAUGCCAUUUUGGGAUAAUUUGAGGAAGGAAGCUUUGGUUGUAUGAGAGAGGGGUCUGCAGGCGAUUAGGAUCUUAGUGUUGCAAUAAUGAGGAUGGAAAUGGCAUACUGCGUAGACGCAUGCUCAUUUUACCAAUCAGAGUUUGAGAAAGAAGUCUUGAUGUCCAUCUUCAUGUUCAGCAUAUUCACUUUGGUUUGAGCCAGCAUAUUUCCCCAAACAACUCCAAAUUUUUUGCAUCAUUUCAGCAUUGUAUUUCAUAUACACCAGGCUCUCCACACUCAUCGCGAUAGAACAUUGUGGAAUGUUGCCCAUUUCAUUUCAGCAAUCUAAAGGGAGCACUCCAAACGCCCAACUGUACUUGUGGAAUUCUUGUAAUCCAGUGUAAUUUUUCUUCUGUAAAUAAAGUGUCCCAAUAGAAAAGUUUAA